GUGGUCAGGAAGUGACAUGGCCGCAUCCUUAUACGGAGCUCCCUCGUCUUUCUCCGGUUACUUGUAGGUUAAAUUAGUUUGUCUUUUUUCCUCGGGAAGUUUCUACUGUAUUUACCGGGACAGCGCCCUGCGGAGCUCAGCAUGGGCACCGUCCACGCCAGGAGCCUGGACCCUCUGCCCAUGCACGGGCCAGAGUUGGGAGUUCAGGCAGAUGACAUCGAUGCUCCAGAAAUUGAGCAGGAGCCAAAGCAAGAAGUUCUUGAAAACAAGGAUGUUGUGGUUCAACGAGUGCACAUAGAUGGGCUUGGAAGAACCAAGGAGGACCUGUUGACUUAUGAAAUUGCAGAAGUGUUCCGGGCAAAGAACUUGAUUGAUGUGAUGCGAAGGUCCCAUGAAGCCCGACAGAAACUUCUGCGUCUUGGUAUCUUCCGAAAAGUCGAAGUUGUUAUUGACACCUCACGAGGUGAGGAUGCGCUUCCUAAUGGCCUUGAUGUGACCUUUGAGGUCACUGAGCUGAGACGUAUGACAGGCAGCUACAACACCAUGGUUGGAAACAAUGAAGGAAGCAUGGUAUUGGGCUUGAAGUUACCCAAUGUAUUCGGUCGGGCAGAAAAACUGACAUUCCAGUUUUCCUAUGGUACUAAAGAGACAUCCUACGGCCUGUCCUUCUUCAAACCCCAACCAGGACACUUUGAGCGCAAUAUCUCAGUCAAUGUGUACAAAGUAACAGGUCAGUUUCCAUGGAGUUCACUGAGGGAGACAGAUAGAGGCGUCUCUGCAGAACUGAGUUUCCCUGUGUGGAAGACCAGCCAAACCCUGAAGUGGGAAGGAGUGUGGAGAGAGCUGGGGUGUCUGGCUCGCACUGCCUCUUUUGCCGUCCGAGAGGAGAGCGGCCAUUCCCUCAAGUCCUCACUUUCACAUGCUAUGGUCAUCGACACCAGAAACUCCUCCAUCCUUCCCAGAAGAGGAGGCCUGCUGAAGAUUCAUCAGGAACUUGCUGGUUACACUGGUGGAGAUGCCAGCUUCCUAAAGGAGGACUUCGAGAUCCAGCUCAACAAGUCGCUCUUCUGGGACUCAGUCCUUUCUGCUUCACUGUGGGGUGGUUUGCUUCUACCUAUUGGUGAGAAGCCAACAAGUAUAGCAGACAGGUUCUAUCUCGGUGGCCCCACCAGUAUCAGGGGAUUCAGUAUGUACAGUAUGGGCCCACAGAGUGAAGGCAUGGCAGGUGACUAUCUGGGAGGAGAGGCUUACUGGGCUGGAGGCCUCCACCUCUACACCCCUCUACCCUUCAGACCAGGCAGGGGAGGCUUUGGGGACCUCUUCAGAACACACUUCUUCCUCAACGCCGGAAACCUUUGUAACCUCAACUAUGGUGAGGGGCCAAAUGCACACUUGAAGAAACUGGCAGAAUGCAUCCGUUGGUCAUAUGGACUGGGUAUUGUACUGCGUUUGGGAAACAUUGCCAGGCUGGAGCUCAAUUACUGCAUUCCCAUGGGAGUCCAGAGUGGAGACAGGAUAUGUGAUGGAGUCCAGUUUGGAGCAGGAAUCAGAUUCUUGUAAAACCGCAUUUCUUUAAUGCCAGAUGCAUUUUAUUGUAAGGAUAACUGGCUUGUACAGAAUCAUUGUUGCAACAAAUUAGUUCAAUAAAAAUGUUUACACCAAC